AUGCAAAUCAGCAUCGCCGUUUCUGCGGACUACGUAGAGUUCAGAUAUGUCGAUGAUCUGGUUAUUGCAGUGCAAGAUACCCAUUCUGCAGGCGUGAAGGAAUCACUAACGGAAGUUUUCGAGAAGCUGGACCACAACUUUCGCCAAUGGUCGUUGAAACCGAAUCCCAACAAAAUUGAGGUACCAAAAUUGCAAAUAGGCCGUUCGCUGCGCCUUGCAGCUAAGUCCGCUGUCAUGUUGAAAGUUUCAGCCAUAACUCACCACACCAUACAGGCCGACAGAAUGUUGGUGGCAACUAUUUGCUAUUUUCUUAUGCAACUGGCGGUGUCAGUGGCUGGAGGAUUCUACAAACUGACCGAUGAAUCGUUGCUGAAUGAACUUCAGGGAUCGAACGUGACGUUGUCCCAGCAUCACGUCUGCCAGCACAGUCAGAAUCAUUUGCUCUACUUUGCACUCGUGGGCGUCGAUCAGCCAAAUUUCUCUGGCUUUCACUACACGCUACUACUCGGAAGUUACGUCAUUGACUUUGACCUUGGAUCCAACACCAGCCACAUAACGAAAUACUCAGCAAUGGACUACGACGAGAACAGCGACCAUGUGAUGUUCACAAUCGAUGACAUCGUCUAUUUGGUCAGCUACAAGCAGUACAGAAAAUGUUCAGUCGACACGGUGGAACUGAGGCAGAACCAAGAUUGCUCAUUCAAACGCAUGAACAUCAGUCCGAAAGUGGUGCUGCUGUCUGUGCUGUUUCCCCGUGGCCGUGUCCUCUUUUUCAAAAUUUAUCAGGCAAAUGGCGUAUUAAACUUCCAUCUGCUGUACUCCGUGAAGAAGAUCUUAACAAUGACGCGAGCCAAGAUCGCCUACGCUGCGAAAUUCAACGACAGCAUUGUUGUUAUCCCGACGGUGUUAGGCUGUGGCUACAAGUGGUUCCCUAACAAACCACUGUUGAUCGAAUUAGACAGUGGAAAUACGACGCAAUUCGAACUGCAAGGGCCCACUCCGCAGUGGUCAUUUAAUGGCCCUGUGACUGUUUUACAGAAAGGUUCACAUCUUCUGUUGAUUGGCGGUAACGUCGCGACUGGCCUAAGUAGCGUCAAGUUCAGUCCAGAAAUAUGGACGUUCGACAUGCUUAACAUGACGUACACGAAGCUGCCACUGUCUGUUCCAAAGCCAGUUGCCAAUUUCAAGGCUUGCUCCUGUCUCGAUCAGAUGUCAGGAAAUCUUUUCAUCAGCGACAUCGAAAACGGCGUUUUCGCAGCAACAGUAGAUUUAUAA